AUGGACCCCUCGACGUACCGUGACCUACUUCUCAAGCGCAACCUACUAAAACAGCGCAGGAAUCACCUAUAUAUUCCCAAGAUUAAAAACGCUAACCAGCAAAUGUGCCAUCUACUGGACCAGAUUGCGGCUGCGUUCACCCAAUAUUACGAAGACCUCUACAAUUUACGACGAGCCGCACAAGCUGCUGGGCGCCCCCGCAGAAGCGAGGCUAGCCGUGCAUACAGCAGAACUAAGACAAGUAGCCGCCUCGGACUGGGAUGA